CGCAGGAACCCAGCUGGAAUUGCCAGCGUUUGCACUUGUGCGUUUGGUCGUGGGAGUGGCUGUGGCGCCCCCCCCGCCCCGUGCGUCGCCAGGGUACCUACUCCUGCAGGAGAUCAGCUGUACUCAGCCCAAGUUUGCAAGACUGAGAGGAAUUGGAGUGAUUAGAAGUUGAUUCACUGUAAAGGUUUAUUGAAGUCAAAAUGUCUCAAAAAAUCCAUGGCGGUUCUGUGGUAGAGAUGCAAGGAGAUGAAAUGACACGAAUCAUUUGGGAGUUGAUUAAAGAAAAACUCAUCUUUCCCUAUGUGGAACUGGACCUGCACAGCUAUGAUUUAGGCAUAGAGAAUCGUGAUGCCACCAAUGACCAGGUCACCAAGGAUGCCGCAGAAGCUAUAAAGAAGUACAACGUUGGUGUCAAAUGUGCCACCAUCACCCCCGAUGAGAAGAGGGUUGAGGAGUUCAAGUUGAAACAAAUGUGGAAAUCGCCAAAUGGUACCAUCCGAAAUAUUCUGGGUGGUACCGUCUUCAGGGAAGCUAUUAUCUGCAAAAAUAUCCCCCGGCUUGUGACCGGAUGGGUGAAGCCCAUCAUCAUAGGUCGUCAUGCGUAUGGGGAUCAAUACAGAGCAACUGAUUUUGUUGUUCCUGGGCCUGGCAAAGUAGAGAUAACCUACACACCAAGUGAUGGAUCCCAAAAGAAGACGUACCUGGUACAUAACUUUGAAGAGGGUGGUGGUGUUGCCAUGGGGAUGUACAAUCAAGAUAAGUCGAUCAAAGAUUUUGCACACAGUUCUUUCCAGAUGGCUCUGUCUAAGAGUUGGCCUUUGUAUCUGAGCACCAAGAACACUAUUCUGAAGAAAUAUGAUGGGCGUUUUAAAGACAUCUUCCAGGAGAUAUAUGACAAGCAGUACAAAUCCCAGUUUGAAGCCCAGAAGAUCUGGUAUGAGCAUAGGCUCAUCGAUGACAUGGUGGCCCAAGCUAUGAAGUCGGAGGGCGGCUUCAUCUGGGCCUGUAAGAACUACGAUGGUGAUGUACAGUCGGACUCCGUGGCCCAGGGUUACGGCUCCCUUGGCAUGAUGACCAGCGUGCUGAUUUGUCCUGAUGGCAAGACAGUGGAAGCAGAGGCCGCCCACGGGACUGUAACACGUCACUACCGCAUGUACCAGAAGGGACAGGAGACAUCUACCAAUCCCAUUGCUUCCAUUUUUGCCUGGUCCAGAGGGUUAGCCCACAGAGCUAAGCUUGAUAACAACAAAGAGCUUGGCUUCUUUGCAAAGGCAUUGGAAGAAGUCUGUAUUGAGACCAUCGAGGCUGGCUUCAUGACCAAGGACUUGGCUGCUUGCAUUAAAGGUUUACCCAACGUGCAGCGUUCUGACUACUUGAAUACGUUUGAGUUCAUGGACAAACUCGGAGAAAACUUGAAGAUCAAACUAGCUCAGUCCAAACUUUAAGGCCGUUCCUCAGCUGAGGAGGAGAAGCAUUUUUGGUAACUAGGUCCACUGGUUUACAUUUUUCUGUAUAACACUCAAGGGAAGGGCAAAAUCAAUUUUGUAAUUUGUUUAGAAGUCAGAGUUUAUCUUUUCUAUAAGUUUACAGCCUUUUUCUUAUGCAUCCAGUCAUGCCACUUCAAGAAUGUGGCUGGGGACUUUUUAAAUUUAAAUUUUAUUUUCUACUAAUAGCUUAGGAAUUGCUUCAGUGCUGAUUCGUCCUCUGUCACUUUUUCUCCUGUUCUGACAUAAAUGACCAAAAUGAAGAAUGCUUGAAAGUAAACUACAGCCACAGUUCGGGCCCCUAAAAUUGUGUCCAGUAGAAAUUCACUGCCUUCCCCACUCUCCGUGGCCCGGGCUCCGGGUGCUGUUGGUGGAACAGGUGGCCCUUCAUGUGAGCUACAGCCGCACCUUAAACUGUAAGAACUGGAACGACGAAGGUCCCUGCAGCUAAAACGUGUCAAAGACGCAGCAGUCCUUGGGGUAAGGAGCUCCGGCUUGCGGCCACUGGGGAGUUUGGAAUCCAGAAUAAAGACCCCCUGCGGGUUUGUCCUCUGUGUGCCCCCCCCCCGAGCCUCUUGUGGCCUAUGGAUGAUGCUCCCCCAAACAGCAGAUGAUGCCCCCCAAACAGUGUGUUUUAUUCAAGUGCAAUAAUACAAGCUGCACCUUUGUUUCGACUUCUGGCCUGUUUUAUUUCUUUGAUUUAAAUGUGAUUUUUCAGAAGUUCGUUUUAAACACUAUUCUAGUCUGCUCUUCAUCUAAACUGUUCAUUUUAAU